UUUGUUAGUGGCGCAUUGGCGAGGGAGCGCUAUGGCCGCUACUAACGAAGCCUACUACGUCUCCAACCCUAGUUCCUGGGCUAGGGUUAGGGCUUACAGGAGGGAGCGAUGGCGGAGGAGAGUGAUUCCAGGCGCGCCAGCAGCGCCAGGAGGCCGCGCACGGAUUUGGCCCGCCGGCGCCCACAUUCGCAGCCCGAUCGGCUGCUGACGGUUUCUCGUAGGAAUUCUAGCGGCCCGGGGAAGAUGGAGGGCGCCGGCGAGGAGGUUUGUAGGCCGAGCGAGGAGAAGAGCGUCAGGGUGUUCAAGCGCAGGGAAAUUGGGACGUUUAACGAGGACAAGAGCAAGAACGGUAGGAAUGGGGGGAAAACGAAUGGAAAAUCCAAGGCCGGGAGCGAGGAGAAGCCACCGGAUGCAAAGAGACGUCGCCAGCGCUUGGUUCUCGAGGGCUCGGACGAGGACUCCGAACCGUCCGAGAAGAAUGGCAAUGGAAGUAAAGACUCUUCCAGCCCGAGCAAGCGAGCGGAGUCCAAACCGGUUGCCAAGGCCGCUCCGGAGUGCGUGGGGUUGAGGAAAAGCUCGCGAGUUGUGAAGAGACGCACCUUCGACGACGAGAUAGACUUUGACGAGGUGAUAAAACGUAGGAGGAGGCCGCCGCAGCAGGAUAGUGCGAAGGAGGCUGCUGCCAAACAAGUUGACGAGAACACGGACAGUGCGGAUGACGAUCACCCGAGGAAGAAGCCAAGGAGAGGAAGCAUUCAGGAGCUCCAGUCCGCCAGCGAAAAGCCAAAACAACGAGGUGGUUCGGUAGUAACUCAAGAGAAUGCUGUGCCAAGGGAAAAGCCCCUGACUGCAAGACAAAGGGCUAUGCAAGCGAAGGAUAGCGGCAUACUAGAACAACCAAGUACGUCUGGAAGAGACGAGGCUCAGAAGGUAGAUUCUCCGAGCGAUAGCGUCGACUCGAAGGAGAAAGCGACAGUGCCUUUGACGGCCAGGCAGAGGUCGCUUCAAGCAUGCAAGGACGGCGACGGGAACUUUGGGCUCAUUGAGUUUCCCGAGGGUCUAAACCAUACAGAUCGAAGACGGAAAGCCAAACUUACUGACGAAGAAAAGCUUGCGAAGAAAGCUGAAGCGGCUAGCAAACGAAAACAGCAAGUAGAAAAGGCUGCAAAGGAGAUACAGGCGUCUGCCAUACAAAAAAUCCUGAAUCAGGACUCAAAUAGAAAGAAAAGAGAGGAAAAAAUACAAAAGCAAAAACAAGAACUGGCAGAGGAAAAGAAAGCUGCUGAAUUGGAAGUCGCUACUAACUCCGUUCGCUGGAUUAUGGGUCCUUCUGGGACUACGGUUUCGUGGGCUCAAGAUGAGUUUCCAGCUCUUUUCUCUUCCGGGCCUAUAAGGUAUCCCCCUCCUCGGGAAAAGUGCGCUGCAUGUGAUAAUGCGUACAAAUAUCGGGAUUCGAAGUCCAAUCUGCCUCUUUGCAGCCUGCAAUGUUACAAGGCAGUGCAACAACCAUUGAAGCCGGCAUUAGAAGUUUCUCCGGCUCAGUAGUUGUGAUGAGGUACCAUUGAAAUUCAUACUUUUUUCAGCUAAACGAUCUAGCUGGUAGCACAGGCAAAUUGUGGUUACGCAGACAAAUAUGUUCUAAAGAAAAUCGAAAGUGAUAGUACCUUGGGCGACA